AUGUACUGGAUGCACGAUAGCAGUAGCGGACUGGUGGCGAACGACUCUAGUUUGAUAGUGGAUUGUGUCUCUAUCACUUUUAUCUCACUUGGUCGACCGUCGCUGUCUUUGAGCGACUGGCCAAACGCAACAUUUCCAAACUGUAUCCAAAUGGAAUCUUUGACAAACGAUGCUUUCGUUGUGCCGAGUGUCGAGAAUCGAUAG